AUGGCUGGCAUCGGAGGCCGCGAGUCGACCGACACAGACGAACGCACACCCUUGCUCGCUCCUCCACCUUUACCAUCCGACUCGUCCGCGCCCCCGUCCCCGAACGGCUCGACAGCGACCCUCUCGCCUUCCGCCUCGCGCCCUUCGUACCGCCAACGCGCUCUCUCUCGCGCAUCGGGCAACCCUCUCCCACUCGCCGCUGGACCGACAGACGACGAUCCGGCUGUGUUGGCCGAGGCAGAGGCGGAGGUUGCGAUCGCUCGGAGGCGGGCGAGGAGGCGCGUAUGGGCCAAGCGGGUCUUGCUUGGAGUGCUUGGGUUCCUGUUGCUGGCGGGCAUUGUGCUGAGUAUCGUCUUGCCUUUGACGGUUGGGCGACGAGGGAGGGGAGGAGGUGGUGGUGGGGAAGGCGGCAAGAAGAAGAAGGACACGCCGGACAUGACGCAUCUCCCGCCGCCCAAACCGGGAGCGAGGAAUCCGAGCUAUCUGGUCAGCGGGUGGAACGGAGCGGUCGCGAGCGAGGAGGAGCGGUGUAGUCGGAUGGGCGUAGACGUCCUGCGGGAGAACGGCACGGGCGUCGAUGCGGCGAUUACGACGGCUCUCUGCAUCGGCGUGGUCAACUCGUUCUCCUCCGGAAUCGGCGGCGGCGGCUUCAUGGUGAUCCGCCCGCCUUCCUCGACUCGUCACGGCCUUCCUGCGACCUACGACGCCUCCCGAAAUCCGCGCUGCACCCACCCCAUCUCGAUCGACUUCCGCGAAACCGCUCCUCUCGCUUCCCACCCGAACAUGUUCACCGCCUCUGCGCGGCCGGACGACCCUUCGUGGGACCCAAACCGCGCUUCGAAAGUCGGUGGACUGGCAGUUGGCGUACCCGGCGAACUGAGGGGCUUCCAAGCGGCGUACGAGGUGUGCGGAGGCGGAGUAAGCUGGGAACGGAUCUUCCGACCUGUUGUGCAACUUGCGCGCGAGUUCAGGGUUGGGAAGGAGUUGCAGAGGCGGUUGAAUGCGCGGUGGAGUGGAGGAGAGGAGGGCCCGACGAUCAGCGAGUGGAUGAAGGAUGAGGAGGAUUGGCGCGCCAUGUUUAUGCGGCCGGGUGGGAACGAGUUCCUCCAGGAGGGAGACAUCGUCCGGCGCGAGGCGUAUGCUCGGACGCUGGAGAAGCUCGGGAAGGAAGGAGCCGACGUCUUCUACGAGGGCGAGAUUGCGGACCGGAUCGUCGAGACUGUUCGCAAGGACGGCGGGAUCCUCUCGAAAGACGACAUGCGCAGCUACAAGGCUGUCGUCCGACGAGCGAAGGAGGGCGCCUAUCGAGGCAGGAAGUACUACACGGGCAGCUACCCCUCGGGUGGACCGAUAAUCCGCAUGCUUCUCAAUGUCCUCGACGGGUACGCGGAUUUUGUCGAUGCCGGACGGACUGGGCUGGCGGAGCACAGGUUCAUCGAGGCUAUGAAGUUCGCUUUCGCCGCCCGAACAAACGUCGGCGACCCGCCCUUCGUCGACAACGCCGCCAAGCUCGCCGAGAUUCCGACUCGCAAGUACGCCGAUGCUGUCCGUGGCAAUAUCACCGACGACCGUACGCACAAGCUCUCCUACUACCAGCCCCGCUUCGACAUCAAAGAAGACCACGGCACGACCCACCUCUCCGUCAUCGACCAGUGGGGCGGUGCCGUCGCGCUUACCACGACUGUCAACCUCAUCUUUGGAUCGCGCCUCAUGGACAAAGAGACGGGCAUCAUCCUCAAUGACGAGAUGGACGAUUUCGCGACUCCUGGAUUGCCGGAUGCGUUCGGCUUGAGGCCCUCGCCGUUCAACUACCCGGCUGGCGGCAAACGGCCCCUCUCCUCGAUCGCGCCGCUGAUUAUGGAUCACGCCAACUCGGACGACGUCUACCUCUCGCUCGGCGGAUCAGGCGGCUCGCGCAUCUUCGGCGCUGUCGCACAGACGCUCCUCAACCUCGAUUGGGGACAUGAUCUGUCGAGCGCUGUAGAGGCGCCUCGGGUGCACCAUCAGCUGCUGCCGGCUUACGUCUCGAUCGAGUCGACUUUCCGACCAGAUCUCGUCAAGGAGCUCAAAGCUCGAGGGCACGAUGUCACGCUCUUCGACAUCAACCUAGGCAUCGCCGAAGUCCAGGCAGUUAUGCGCGACCGCGAUGGGCGAUUCUUCGCUGCGUCGGAUUCGCGCAAGAACGGGGUCCCAGCAGCAUUCUAG